UCGCGGCAGUAGAAUCGUCGAAGUUUUUGCUUGCCGCUUCCCUGGUAGGAAUCUAACGCUUUCGUGUGUGUGCCCAGGCAGCGCAGCGAUCCAUGGGCCUACGCUUUCAUCGAGCUGGAGAGAUCGCAACGCGGUGCUGCUACUCACGGACCGCAGCCGCCGGAUGAGGCGUUGGUGCCGGUGUGGCGCCAUCAUUCCAGCCGCGGUUCAAAGCUUUGCUACCUCGACAAGGCUGCGGCCUCCCUGGUGGAGUUUUGGGUCUUCGCUUGAGGGAAGAGCCCUUGGAUGAGUUUUGGGUCUUCGCUUGAGGGAUCCCCAGGGUAGCUCAUCCGAGCAGUGGUCCGAACAAGAAAACGGCGAGAUCCUUGGAAAGGUUUGUCUUCACUGCCUAAAUUGGUCGCUUGAGGAGCUGCAACACGGUAAAGGGUAUCCUAAAGACGAUAGCACGAAGGAGGAACAACAAAGUUAAGAACUUUUCACUAGAACUGUGAGAAAUAGUCCAGGAGGAUGCAAGAAUCGGUCGCUCAGUGGGAACUGCUGUCACGGCUGUUACGGGAAGAUAAAUUCCAUUGGCACCUUGGUACUGCUUCAACUUUAUCUCUCGACUAGAAAUCUCGACCGGUUUCAGCUGCAUUGUGGUGGACGAAGAACAGGAACUAAGCCUAAGCCUUCAGUACUCCUAGCAGUACUGAGGGAAUGUUGAGAGUCAUUGUCAUGUUAGCUACAGCCGAUGCGGAACUCUUCAGCGACUACUUUGGCAUCGAAACCACUUGUCGUUCCUGGAAGUACUAGGUUGAGAUCCACUAUGAACUGCGCGGGAAUGCCAACAUCGAUAACCACGUAACAAGGACAAUGGAAAGAGUUUGCGAGCUCCACAGGGAGGCCGAUGGGCUUUCCUCAUGUCCCAGGCGGAUGUCGAAUGGGUCUGUAAACGAUUGGCAAAUACGCUGUUUGUGCUGCUUCUUCAUGGAAGGCUUCGUGAAGAGGAUCAGCAACAGCUGGUACUAGAAAGAUAGUUUCUGCAACAAAUAUCGCCGAGACGUCUUUGACGAUACUAGGAAUCAGGCACUUGGUGGAUCCAGGAUUGUCAAAGCAAGCUAUCUUUGAUCCACAGACUGGGAUGACAACGCUGGAGCUUAAUGCAAUCAGUCAAAGCUCCGCAACUCAAAGAGGUCGCACGAGUUCUGGUAUCAGCUACAGAUUGUACAACGAUGAAGACUUUGACGACAUGGCGUUGCUGUUCUCACAUGGGGAUAGUAGUUCUCAAGCUUCUGGCACUAGGCAUAUAGGACGUGGAAAACUUUGACUUCGUGGAGCCUCCCAGCAUCAGCGCUAUCAGGCAUGCAAUGACGAGUUUGCAGCGGCUGGAUGAUGAAGUAAAGAACUGGGAACUUCGGAUUAACACCAAGAACAUUCUCGACAGUUGUGGUCUGGUUCUCAUUCCUUUGAUAUCAUCUUCGACCGUCGAAGUUCGACGACCAUCUCAUUGGCAUGGAGACCUGUUCAACCUCUUGGACGUGUACAGCAUCAACGCAAAGUCACUGAGGAGCUUCCAGGAACAGAUAAGAGGCCUGAAGGACGAGACAAUCAGGAAGAUCGUCACGUCGGCUUUUAUGGAGAAGCUGGCAGUUUUCUGGCAACGGGCGAAUCGGAUACGACUGGGUCGAGAGGCUCACAUUCAUCCAGAGACUGUCCACUGGGGCUGGUAUUUUUCUGCUCGUCGAGGGAGUUUUUGAGCUGCGUGACCGUCGUGGAUCCCGAAUGGGUGGCCGAUCGUUCGGGUAUGAUUUGGAGUCACAGAGCGGUCAUAUCGAACUUGGGGAACACUCUCAUGGCUAGAGUUCGCGGCAAAGAACAGAGCGGACUAGCUUUGCUACAAAAGCAGCUCGAGGCCAAAGGUGUCAGCCAAACAAGGUCCAGGAUCGAGAGCCGCAUGAACGAGCUGCACGUAUACUGUCAUGGCAACAGUGGCGAGACAGAAGUGCUGGCUUCAGAACGAGUGCAUCGAGAAGCAGCUGAGAUUCCGAACGCCCGUGACUCUGAUCGUGUCUGGAUGGUGAAAGAGAUAGUGUUUGAUGAGUGAGGUGAAGGCAUCUCCAGAUUUUGGAGCGUCACCUCAGACAAAGUGGGGUUUGGUCGCCUUUUGACGCACAGCUUCUCCCCAACUUGCGGUGAAACUCGACACUUUCAAAGCUGGCGCGUUUGCUGCAUCGAUGCCGUGAUACUUUCAUGCACAGGAAAGUGGAUGUCUGAGGCGUGGGGAAGGCGUGGCAGAAAGUUACAUGCAAAGCGGAGUUUCUCUUCCCGUCUACACUUUACUCUGCCAAGGGAAUGGAGCAGCUCAAGGCGGAUAACACACUAGGUGCGACUUUGAAGGUAUCUCCGAAGGCGUACGAGAAAGGUGUGGCUCGGUGCAAGGCAGGACAACUGGUGGAAGACUCUCCUCUCGAAGGGCCUGCUGGAUAAAGCUGCAAUGAAGACGAGAGAGGGGCUUCGCCUGGCAAAGAAGAUUGAAGAGGAAACCGGCCAUGGUUAGAUGCAACCAGAAGAUCUCACUGCGAGGCGACGGGAGCUCCUCUUGGGAUGAUGAGAGCUGUGUUUGGGAAAAUACGGGGUCGACUUAGCCGGGCUGGAAAAAUCAGUGGGAGCUGCAGUGAGCAUGAACCACCGGUGGCGUGCACGGGGAUGAGUGCUUGGAGCAAGCAAAGCACAGAUCGUCAGCGUCUGGAAGAAGGAAGCAAUCCAGCAGUAGCAGUGGCAAUAGACGCAGCAAAAGGAUUGUUCGGUGUGUUUAUGCCCGAAGGGGCUCGAGGCCACAGCUUUUGCCGCGACAGCAUUGCCAACCAGCUUGGAUCGAGCAUCAGGAACAGGGAUGGACUUGCGAAGGCUGCCAGGGUUGUCGACUUCGCGGCCUUGCUCACAGCGCAGUAGAUGGACGAGCUGUGCAAAGCUUCCGUGGGAGUUUUCGGGCCUUGAGCGGGGGGAGCUACAGGUUUUGUCGACUGCCUCAAGAGCUCAUUUUCUUUGCGCUUGAAACGCUCGGCUACGUACCCAGGCCGGAAGCCUGAAGCUUUUAUUGAUUAAACCAAUACAAGGCUAUAUAUAGGGCUUUAUAUCCUCUCGCCCUAGCGCCCUAGCCUCUGGCUCUCUUAUCGAUCUGGUAUAGCUCCCUGUUGGUUCUGGACAUUUUCUUUCCGACAAUGAAGGCUUACAGCAACGGGCAGUACAAGAAGGCUUAUGACGGCAACAGCAGCAACGGGCAGCACAAGAAGGCUUACGACGGCGGCAGCAGCAACAGGAAGUUCGCAAAGGAAAAGCCGAAGGAGGUGGACACUUUUGCAAUCGAGGACGAUUACGAUCGUAUGCAAGCAAGGUAUGAGAUCAUAGGAACUCAUCGUCCCGGUGAGAAGGAGGGAUUACUCGUCGACCAAUGCAGAAAAUGUAAGCAGAGAGGUCAUUGGGAAAGACACUGCAAGGGGCCUGGAGUGGAUCCUUUUGCUCAUGAACAAAAGAAAUGCUACCUCUGCCUAGCGAAGGGACACGAUACGUAUCACUGUUCAAGAGAUCCCCUGCGAAAUGAGGACUGGGCAGAGAGGACUUACACUGGACCAAUGAAGAGACUUCUUCUUGAUGUGGGUUAUAUCGUUCAGGUAGCAGACUUCCCGCAAUACCAUCCUCGUUUCUGCGUCCAACGGAUUGAAUACGAAAACCUCAAACGGAUCUGCAAAAAACAUCCAGACUUGGGAAUCUUCAUUGUGCCUCGGCCACCCUGCCCUCUUGCAUCUCAAAUCUGGGAAGCUUUUCAGGGACUCGAUGGAUUUCUCAACGCAGGCCUAGGCUUCGAGUUAUACAAAUCCAAGGAAGAAAUGCCUCCAGGGUAUAACCGGUAUGCAGCUGCAGAUGAAGCAUUGAUUGAAGAAUUGAAGAGCAAAGGAGAACUGGAUGAGUUUGAGUAUGCUUCUCUGCUAAACAGUAUACGAAUGAAUGAAUGAAAAUAAAG